CAAGUCGAGUCCCCGGUUCUUUAAGCGCUUUUAACCAAAAAAAGAAGGGGAAAAGAAAAAAAGAGGAAAGAAAAGAUUUAAAGCUUUAUCGAGUGACUUAGUACGAGGUUAUACGGUACGUACGGUUAGCAACGAUUUGCUGAGCUAAAUAUUAAAGAAUCGUGAAAAAAUUUGUCUCUUUCUUCAUCCAGAGAUCGCAAUGGCAGUUAUACCAGGUACAGUGCAGCAGCAGAAAGUUUCUUGCUGGGAUAGGAUUACAAUGGGUUUCACUAUGGGUUUCUGCGUAGGUAUGACCUCUGGUGCAAUUCUAACAGGAUUUGCAGCAUUCAGAUAUGGAUUGAGAGGAAGAGAAUUGAUAGGCCAUCUUGGUAAAAGCAUGGUACAAGGUGGAGGUACAUUCGGCGUAUUUAUGGCUAUUGGAAUGGGCAUAAGAUGCUAGUAUUUUAAAGAUCAUAUAAACAGAGCGCACCUUUAACUUAACAUAAGAUUAUAAUACAAAGCAUAUUGUUGAUUUCUUAAUAAAAUACUUAUUAAUCAUA